AUGCCAUCCGACAGCCCACCCCCCACAAAAGCAAGUCUCCUCAAGUGGUGGUCUCAGUUUACUUCAGCUCAGAAGUUCAAGAAGGACACAGACCCUGCCAAAGCGGGACAAGAAGAACACCCCGUGUUUGGUAAACCACUCAGAGAAAGCUUGAAAUACGCGAGCGUUCAGAUAUCAACCGCGAACGCUAAUGGUGAACUGUAUGUGUGGGGUUAUAUCCCCGUCGUCGUCGCUAAGUGUGGCCUGUACCUGAAAGAGAAUGCUACCGAAAUAGAAGGAACAUUCCGUGUCAAUGGAUCUACAAAACGUAUGCGAGAUCUGCAAGCAGCUUUCGAGGCGCCACCCAGAUAUGGAAAAUCAAUGGACUGGAAGAAUGAACAAUAUACAACUCAUGAUGUCGCCAGCGUCUUUCGAAGAUAUCUGACGCAAAUGCCCGAGCCUGUAAUUCCACACGGCAUGUAUCAUGACUUCCGCGAUGCUUUAUCGAAGAAGUCUUCUAAUCAAGAUGAAGUUAUUUCAACGUACAAACGGCUAAUACAAAGCAUGCCGCGUGCCAAUCAGUAUCUUUUGUUGUAUGUCCUUGAUCUGUUAUCGGUCUUCGCCCGAAAAUCAGACAAGAACCUCAUGACUGCUACGAAUCUGGCGGUCAUUUUUCGACCUGGACUUAUAUCUCAUCCUAAUCACGAGUUAUCGCCAAAGGAGCACCAGCUAAGCCAGGAGGUUCUGGAAUUCUUGAUUGCGCAACAGGACUGGUUUUUGCUCGAUAUCCCCCCGCCUCCAAAGUCAGAAGCGAGUUCUUGGAAAACUCCACGUUCGCGUGCACCGACAGAGGAGGAAUCGGAACUCAUGGUAGUUCCAAGUUCUGACGACGAACAUUCUCAAGUCGGGGGAGAGUGGAAGCUUGUAGGAAGAGAAAAAAAAAGGAUCACUCGACGACGAACUACGCUGGAGCACCAUGAUUCCACUGAUAGGGUGGAGCCACCUCCGGAUGCUCCCGACCUAUCUCCUGUUGCGGAAGCACCCUCCAGGCCAGAAAGCCUGUCAUUCAGUGGCGCUGUUUCUGUCACUCGAAGUCGGACGAUGCCAUCCAACAGAGUUUCGAGGGAACACAGCGGAACAAAUACCGAUGAAGAAAGACGUCGGGCAAGGGUCCUCAGGAAACAGAAGAGAACAUCAGCGCAAGGCAAGCGAGGAGGUGCAGAGACCCCUACACCAGUCGGCAGCCAUGCCGUUGGGUAA